GCAGUGUUUGUCCGUUCGCCCGCAAAACAGCACAAAACUUCCACCAGCACCUGCGAGCACGUCGUUUCACCAAGUGCAAAUCAGUGAAAGAGACUCCCCGUCGAUAGAUAAAUCCUGGUCCAUCAUUGGACAUCUUGGCCGAAUUAUUCAGAGCCGCACACGGCAACAAACGUGCGAAGUUCGUGCGCAGACUUUGCGGGUAUUAAAUGAUAAGAUUAGGUCGGUGGCAAGUGAUUGCAUUUAUCGGGUAGCUUAGGUCCACGAUACGCCACAGUGUGUAGGAUCAGUGAAAAAAGAUCGUUUCAUCUGUACGGUCUGUAAGGGGCAAUUUCCUAGCCGAGCAAAUCAUUCCCUCGCCUUCAAAAUGAGCAAAAUACUAAACGAAGUCUGUGAUAUGCUGGAUGGAUACACCGGACGGGAUAAGAUCAUACGCACGCUAUGCUAUACCACCAAACUAGCUUCCGGAUUGUACGCGCAGUCGGAUCCGGAGUGGGCGAAAAAGCUGGCGAUUUUCAGCUCGAAGAUGUCGCAGACGCGCGCUACCCUCCGCCUAUUCGACGAUCUGCCGAUGCUAGCGUACAGCCUUAGCUACGGCUAUGGCAGCAAAGAACCGGACCGGUGGAUGGGUCUAAUCGGGUUCGUCACGAACCUGAUCGACCACGCGUACUAUCCGGUUGACAAGAUCUGCUGGCUUAUCGAGCACAAUCUGCUGAACGUACAGAAUCCCACCCGAUGGGACACCAUCAACUCCAUGCUCUGGGUCGGUUCGAUCUACCUGAACCUGAUGAAAACCAUCCGAAGCUUCACUGUGAUGGAGCAGCAUAAGUCGUGUAUCGAUAAAAAAGAAAAUGAAACAAGCCCCGCGUUUCGGAUGCUACUGGUCAAGCAGCGCAUGGAAGCGAUAUCGAUACUGCGGCUUACGCUGGAUCUGGUCCACGCCGGCAGCACCUUGCCGAAGGGAAUGCUCUGGGGUGGUUGCUUCCAGACGUGGCACGUCGGCCUCAUCGGCAGCAUCUCAUCGUUGCUCGGGCUUUAUCAGUACGUCGCCAAGAAGCGAAUAGUGAAGCAAAGCUCUUAGUUUUACGUUUUUAUGUCCAAGCGCAAAAAGACACUGUUCUAUUUUGUAAAUAGUAGAGCUCACAGGGAUUAAUGCAAUGAGCUAAAAUCGAUCGUCGAAGGAAUCCCAUUUGCAAGGGAUUCGUUUUGUACUUUAGCAUACAACAACUAGGAACGAUGGGAAUUGUGCGAAGCGCCAAGCGCACAGGUAGAGUUUACGGGUCUUUUGCUAGAUCGAUAGCUGAAGGGAAAAUGUAAAAACAAUCGUCCGGUUUAGCGUAGCUUAUUUUAUUGUGUUAAGUUUCUAGUCAGUAUGUGACGCGUUAAUAAAUUUUAUACUUUGAA